AUGGCUGGACUGUUUGUCACGGCUGGAUUUAAAAAUCCUUUGAAUGGAGAACUAGAUAAUGGUGAGGACGGAGAGGUCUUUUCUGUUGUUGCCGAUUGUGAAGAUGUUCCUGGUGGCGUCACUGCUGGUGAUGCUGCUGCUGUUGGCAGUGCUACUGAUGAUGCAACUGUUUUUGGUUGUGAUGUCGCUCCUGGUGGCGGUGCUGCAGCUGGUGUCACUGCAGGUGGUACCACUGUUUUUGGUUGUGAUGUCGCUCCUGGUGGCGGUGCUGCUGCUGAUGUCACUGCUGGUGGUGCCAUCGUUUUUGCUGCUGCUGAUGAUAUCACUGAUGAUGAUCCUUUACUACAAUAG